GCGGACCCCGCCGCGCACUGCUACUGCGGGCACCAGUUCGGCAGCUUCGCCGGGCAGCUGGGCGAUGGCGCGGCCGUGUACCUGGGCGAGGUGCUGAGCCCGCGGGGCGAGCGCUGGGAGAUCCAGCUCAAGGGGGCCGGGCUCACCCCCUUCUCCCGACAAGCUGAUGGUCGGAAGGUCUUGCGGUCAAGUAUAAGAGAAUUCCUGUGUAGUGAAGCCAUGUUUCAUCUAGGAAUACCUACAACAAGGGCUGGAACAUGUGUAACAUCUGAUUCAAAAGUUGUACGGGAUGUAUUCUAUGAUGGAAAUCCAAAAAAUGAAAGAUGCACAAUUGUCUUGAGAAUAGCUUCCACUUUUAUAAGAUUUGGAUCCUUUGAGAUUUUUAAACCUACAGAUGAAUACACAGGACGCAAAGGUCCCAGUGUUAACCGAAAUGAUAUUCGAAUACAAAUGCUUAAUUAUGUGAUCAGCACUUUCUAUCCAGAAAUCCAGCAGGCUUACUCUGACAACAGCGUUCAGAGGAAUGCUGCUUUCUUCAGAGAGGUAACAAAGCGGACAGCAAGGUUGGUUGCUGACUGGCAGUGUGUUGGAUUUUGCCAUGGAGUGCUCAAUACAGAUAACAUGAGCAUAGUAGGACUUACUAUUGACUACGGCCCUUUUGGGUUUAUGGACAGAUAUGACCCUGAUCACAUUUGCAAUGGUUCAGAUAAAACAGGGCGCUAUGCUUAUAACAAACAGCCGGAGAUCUGCAAGUGGAAUCUAGGGAAGCUUGCCGAAGUUUUAGUCCCAGAACUGCCCUUGGAGAUCAGUGAACUCAUUCUCAAAGAGGAGUAUAAUGCAGAAUUUGAGAGGCAUUAUUUGCAGAAGAUGAGGAAGAAGCUAGGUCUCAUUCAUUUGGAGUUAGAAGAGGAUGAUAAACUGGUAUCUGAACUUCUAGAAACUAUGCAUAUCACAGGUGGAGAUUUCACAAAUACUUUCCGUUUGCUGAGCUCUUUCUCGGUAGAUUCAGAUCCUCUAAAGUUGGAAGAUUUCCUUGAAAAGAUUGCCACACAGUGUUCUUCCAUGGAAGAAUUGAAAGUUGCUUUCAGACCUCAGAUGGAUCCAAGACAACUUUCCAUGAUGCUAAUGCUGGCUCAGUCUAAUCCUCAACUGUUUGCAUUAAUUGGAACAAAAGCAAAUAUAAAUAAAGAAUUAGAACGCAUAGAGCAGUAUUCUAAACUGCAGCAAUUAACAGCAGCUGACUUGCUGGGUAGAAAUAAAAGACACUGGAAAGAAUGGCUGCAGAAGUACAGAGUCCGAUUACAAAAAGAGAUAGAAAGUGUUAGUGAUGCUGAGGUUUGGAAUACCGAACGUGUGAAAAUUAUGAAUUCAAACAAUCCAAAAUAUAUCUUGAGAAAUUACAUUGCUCAGAAUGCCAUUGAAGCAGCUGAAAAUGGAGACUUCACGGAGGUAAGAGAGGUUUUGAAACGCUUGGAAAAUCCAUUUGAAGAGAUGGAAGGUCUCACUGAGGUACAGGAGGAUCAAGAAGAAGAGGAAUCAGUUGCAGCAGCUGCCACUUGUGCUCCAUUAACCAGCAGGAGACUUCCAUAUAGCAGUAAACCUCCACUCUGGGCUUCAGAACUCUGUGUUACGUGAUCUUCGUAACUGCCUUGUUUUAUUUUUCACUGUAAACUGGAGAGACUGACCCUCCUCCUGUGGUGGAGAAUCGAGCAAGGCAAAAUCAAAGUGCUGUUAAGUCAUUGAAACAGUUCAUUUGGAUGUAUCCGCAACCGCACUUCAGCAGCAAUGCUUAUUUUGAAGCAUUAGUGGCUCAUAGGUUUAAUAGACCAACAAUAAUCAACAGUCAGUGUACAUUAUUAGAUUAACGUUUGGGGAACUGAACAAUCUUUACUUCUCCCCACAUUGUAAUUAAUGAUGUCUUAGCUGUAGGCACACACUGAUUUUUGAACAUCCAAAUGUAGCUGUUUUUAUGUGAAGACAAAAAUAACACAUCAGAAAUCUGAUAUAUUUUUGACUGAUGAUGAAUUAAUAGUACUUAUUCACAACACGUGUUUAAUGUUUUUACUCUGCAGAGGUAUUUGAUCCUCUUUAAUGGAGGACUAGGCUUAUCAUUGCUUACCUGAGCCUAUGAUUAAUUUAACUGAAGAGUUCAUUUCUUGUGAACCUUCAUAUUAAGUCAUUUUUUAUAGCAUUUUUGCAGGCUGGGAUGCUGGGAAGCAACUGAGUUGAGUAUACUUUUUUUAUAAUAUACACUAUAGAAAUCAGAACUGAAGGGGAUUAUACUUAUUAGCACUUGGAACGCCUAGCAGAAAAAUAUUUUCAGCUUUAGCAUGUUUGUGUAUGAUGCACAAGCACAAAUAUUUAUUAAAAUCUUGGAUGGCAACUUGUAACUCAGUUGACUUGAAAAACAUCACUUUGCCAAUUUAGCUUGUUCCCUGUAAACUACAGAGUACUUAAUGUAAGUGUUCAUCUUCUAUAAUUUAUGCUGGUGAUGCAAUCCCUUCUACAUUGAACUGUCAGAUAUGUACUUGUUUACCAUUAUUCAGUGGACUUUUGUAUUCAUACUUUCUUCUUGUGUAAUUAAGUCAUCCAUCCAUCAUCACGAUCUCUGGAAAUGCUAGACUGAAACCUGCCAUUCUAGUACUCUUAUAUGGUAAUAUCUUGGUUGGCAGUGUCUGAGCAUAUACCAGUGAUGCUCCUGUUUCCCCUCUUGACUUCAUGUACUUUUGGUUCUUUAUUUUGAUGGAUAUUGAUGGUAUGUUUGAAAUGAAAGGAAGAGUUAUGAAUGCCAUAUAUUUAUAAAAAUUAAUUAUAUAUCUGCAGCAUGAAACUGUUCCUUAUUAAUUAAAAUAAUAUGUAAGGAGUCAGAAAUAGAUACUGAUUGGUCAUAGAAAACAAACAAAAAGAAGUAUUUCUUCACACAACGCACAGUCAACCUGUGGAACUCUUUGCCCCAGGGGAUGUAGUGAGGCGAAAACUGUAACAGGUUUAGAAAAUAAAUGCUUAAAUUCAUGGAGGCUAGGUCCUUCAGUGGCUGUUAGUAUUGAUAGGGAUGGUAUCCAUAACCUGUUAGAAGUUGGAAAUGGAUGACCAGGGAUGGAUUACUUGAUGAUUACCCAUUCUGUGUUCAUUCCUUGUGGGGUACUUGGCAAUGGCCACUGGGAAAAGACAGGAUAGUGCGUUAAAUCAGGGCUACUCAACUUUGGAAGCCCUGGGGGCCAUGAUGAUACUGCACAUGCUGAGGUCUGCAACUUAAGUGUGGUUGCAUAUACAUGCAAAUAUAUAUAUGCAAAUAGCUUUUCACACUGACAGGCAUGAAUACAAAGAUUAAGGCAAGACUGCAGAAUACACAGGCCCCAUUUAAAUCAGUUCUGCUGAUUUUAAUAAAAUGCAAUAUUUUACCCAAUUUCCACCCAUAUGACAGUACUUGUAAUGUGCAAUGACAGUCCAGGAAUUUAACUACUAAAACACAUAUCAACAGAAGACCGAUAUAUUGACUACUUUUUUGUUUUGGCUCCCACCUGCGGGCCACGUGUUGAGCCCCAUGCAAACCCAAACCACAUCCCCACGGACCGCAAACAAAUGGGCCGCAUGUGGCCUGUGGGCCGCAUGUUGAGUAGCCCUGCACUAGAUGGACCUUUAUUCUCAAUCAGUAUAGCUGUUCUUAUGUAUCACACAUUGGAAAAAUGUAUUCCAAGACAAUUCAGGCACCAGUCAUCUUAUUUCAGUUUUUUUAGUCCCGUUGAAAGCAUUAUUUUUUUAAAUACAUAAAUAUAUAAUAUAUUUUAUAUUUUUAAGCAGAGAUCUGAUUUAAGUUUUAAACUUGAUUUGCAUGUUUACCAGCAGGUACAAAGCAAAAGAAACUGAGCAAAGCUAAGCAGUGCUGUGGGAAAAAGAGAUGGCCGUAAUGUCAGCAGUGGGGAUAAGUGGGGUACUCAGAUAAAGCCUUAGUAGUAGAUUAUGUACCUUAAGCUUUUUCCAUGUUUUAGUCAGCUCGGACUGUUUGGGCGUGUUCUCGAUUUUAGGCACUGAAGUAAUACUGAGUUUAUAUUUUUAACCAUAAAGGGUUCAUCCAUACUGCAAUCAAAGAUUCAUGGCACAGCUGUAGCCAUCUGGGUCAGCUGUCUCAGAUUUAGGCUGGAGCCUGUUUUGAGACUCAUCCCCUCCUGGGGUGUCAAGAGCCCAGACUCCAGCCUGAGCCCAAAUGCCUGCAUUGCAGUUUUGAGCCCAAAUGCCUGAGUCAGUUGACCUGCACUCAGAGGCAUUGUCUAUACUUACCUGGAGAUCGAGCUUCCAGGGUUUGAUUUAGUGGGUCUUGUAAGGACCCGCUAAAUCAAAUGCUGAUGGCAUUCCCAUCAACCCCAGUGCUCAACUGAGUCAUGAGGAGUAAAGGAAGUUGACAGGGAGUUUUCCCAUUGACCUCUGACCACCAGAGAAAUUCAAUUUAAGGUAUGUCAACUCCAGCAACACUAUUUUCAUAGCUGGGGUUCUUUAUCUUAAAUCAUAUUUCUCCACCUGUGUAGACAUGGCCUGAGACUUGGUCUUGUGGGGUUUUUUUAUUGCAGUGUGGACAUACCCAAUCCAUACAUUGCAUACCAGUAAGUAGAACACUGAAAACUUCUGCCUUGUUCAUAAUUUUUUGGGGCAGGCUUACAAAUUGUACUGAAACUGUUUCAGGCAUAAAGUUUAUAAAAUGACUUAAGGAUUUCAUGACUUCUUCUGGACUCUGCAAAAAUAAAUAAUUGAAGAAUAA